AUCAAUAUUCCAGUUUCUUUCAGAACUUUAAAGGGCUACUAUCAAGGUUAUCACGAUGUCUCCUAUUUUUAUCGUUUUGCUCAUCGUUGGAGUUGCGUCUGGAUACGUAGUAUUUUGCGGUCCAUAUUCUACACCUGCCCAAUGUGAAAAUCCUUGUCCAAAAACAUGCGCUAACCGCAAUGAUAAUACAAUUCAUCCAUGUAUUGAAAUAUGUCGAGAAGGUUGUAACUGCAACGAAGGAUACGUUAAAGAUGCAAAGAAGAAUAAUGAAUGUGUUUUACCCAGAGAUUGUACCCCAGAAAUACAAUGUAAAAUAUAAUGUAUAUUUAAUUCCAAUCAAUUUUUUUCAUGUCAUUAAAAAUUUCUUGAACUCUUUUAAAUAUUUUAAAAUUCGAUUAUACUAUAAAAUUUCUUAAAUAAGAUCCUCAUCAGGCAAUAAUUCUAGUAAAUAGUAACGAGUAAGUUAAUUAUUGUUUAAAGUAAGGAACAUUCUUAGGUUAAGAAUAGUUUUCAA